AUGUCCGGAAGCAGUGCCGACCCAGAGGCCGGCGAUGGCCGCGUGCCACACGACACCAGACCUCGCAACCUCGAUGAGCACCAAACCGCCGAGGACACGCCGCUUCUGCCGACGGAUUUGCCCGCUGAGCUGAUUCCCGAUCGGUCUUUGCGUCUGCUCGUGAGCAUCAUCGGCGGCUUGUGUUUGACGCUGGUCGGCGUCAGCCAGAAGCUCUUUGCUCCUGCGCUGCAACAGAUUAUGGAGGAUGUCAUUUGCAGAGGUGUACAUGCGGAUCACCAGCUCAACAUGCUCUCGCGUCCAGAUAGCCGCUGCAAGGGCAACGACGUGCAAAAGACCCUGUCCAUGGUCUCUGCUGUCGAUCUUUCAGCAGAAAUGAUAGUCCCAAUACUAGUGCAAAUUCCAUACGGAAUCAUUGCAGACAAAUACGGUCGUCGAAUCGUCAUUUUCCUCUCACUCUUUGGUUGCGUUCUGAAGAUACUUUGGACUGUGGUUGUUCUCUCCCUACCCAACAAUCUCAACAUAUGGGCUAUUCUCUGGGGAAACUUGGCCUAUCUCAUCGGUGGAGGCGGGACUUUGGCAGGUGCCAUGUGCUACACGCUCUUCAGCGACGUGACACCCGCGGCUGAGCGGACCAUGGUGUUUUACCAGGUCAACGCCGUCCUUCGCAUCGUCGGCGUCGCGGCCACGCCGUUGGCGGCAUUCCUCCUUGGCGUGAAUCCGUGGAUAGCUCUGUGGAUCGGCAUCGGCCUGCUGGUAGUUGGAACAGCUUGCACGCUCCUGCUUCCCGAAACUCUUGACUUGAGAAGAGCGGCAGAUCAAAGGAGAGCGUCCCACGGUGCUUGGGCGGAACCCGGGCCGCAGUCAAUGGCCAAGGUGUCUGCCAAGUCUGCAAUUCAACGCGCGCUCGCUUCUGCGCGCAGCGACUUUUCUCACAUUUGGCGCUUUCUCCUGACUUCGCAAGGCGUCAUGUUACUUAUGGUGUGCAAUGCUUUGGCGUUUCCUAUGAAACUCGCACUUGACGGCGACUUGCUUCAGUAUAUGACCAAGCGCUUUCACUGGUCAUGGUCAACGGCUACGUACAUUCUCUCCAUUGAAAACUUUUUUGCCCUCGGGGUCCUCAUGGUGGUGUUGCCCGCGACGGCAUGGGCAUUGGAUCGGCGAGGGCGUUCACCACUCCAGCGCGACUUGUUUCUCGCCCGUGUGUCUGCCGUCUUUGCGUUUUUGGGUACGACACUCAUUGCUUUUGCGCCGGUGGGCUGGCUCUGCAUGCUGGCCCUCGUCAUUUACAGCUUUGCAAGUGGCUUCUCGCCUUUGUUUCGGUCGAUCCUCUCCAUCAUCGUCGAACCGCAUACAAUAGGAGCUCUAAAUACCGUCAUCGCGACGAUUGAAUCAAUCAUGGGACUAAUAUCGGCCCCAACCCUGGCUUGGCUUUUUAAUCGUGGCAUGGAUCUUGGCGGUGUCUGGAUUGGACUUCCUUUCAUGUUUACUGCUUUGCUCGCAACACUAUCCACUUUGGGAGUAUUUGCGUUCAAAUUACCUUUCUCAUUUGCUCAAAGUUAA